GGUUAGUACAGGUACCUAUAGUCCAAUACAGUCAAAUCCUCAUGUUCGCUUGUUAGCGAGGAGCAUCAUUAUCGAGGUUGGUGCACCAUGUACCCUCAAUAUCACUUCUCAUAUUUCGAGCAACAGCCAACCGCAGGGGAUAACAUCUCCAAUCUCCACCCCGAUCCUCUUUCUUGCUAGACACGGCCCAUAUAUCGCAACUUGAAAGCCAGGUUUCAGCGCCUCAUGCAAUGGCUGCAUUGUGACAGGGCCCAGAAAAGCAAAGUUCCAUCCCCAUCAGUCAGCAUGCCCCUUUGCAAGCAAAACACGCCAUGGCUUCAACUUCCCAAACCAUGUUGACGGCAUUCUCGAUUGAUUUCUGGAGACUCUUCCGAGUAUAUCUUGUUCAUAUCACUUGUGUCAGUUACCUCGGGAGAGUUUAUAUGUAAAGAGGACAUCCCAUGGACGAACUCCUAGUCCCCUUUCAACAUCGGAAUCGUCACAAGUCGAAUGAAGAAAUAAAGCAGUGUCCUCCUAUCAUUACUCCAAGGACUCUUCUACAUGCCGACAAAUAUCAACUCGCCCGUCUCGUAUUUCUGAUAUUCUCUAUUCGUGUUACCCCAAGGAUCAACAACAUGGCGAUCUCCCAUGAUCCGCCCAGCGUCCUAAUCGGUCCAGGUGAUUUCCACACUGGCCCCUACUACAUCAUCAUUAGCGGAGUAAGUGUACUUCUAAGCCAUAACCUCCUUUCCUUGAACUUACAGGCCUCCCAGCUACCGGAACGGACAAGCUGGCAAGAUGUCAAAGACUUCAUCAAGAGCCAAAUUCCGUGGAAACUCGACAUCUACGUCAGCAUCUUCGGAAAACGCCAGGACUCAGGCUGGGUCCGUGUUAUAGGAUUCAAGGCGUUCAAUCAUGUGAGGAGAGUUCUUGGGGAGUCGCUUUUCCGAGGCCGAGAGAUACUUGCCCAUAACCCCGGUUACGACGAGACUGGCGCCGGCCUCGUCCUAGUCAGAGCUCCCUUUUUCAGAGAUCGAAGUCUCUUCAUCAACCCGGAAGCGCUGGCUGAUCCUACUACUACCACCGUAUCGGUUCAAGCAGCAGAGGAGUAUACCACCACAACCACCACCCCGAUAGCAUCAAAUUCCCCCUCGGAGCAGUCCUACCCAGGAACUUGCGGUACUACCUCAGGGGCACUUUUGGAGCUACCGCAUGGACAACAACAAUCACAAACACAAGGACAAGGACAGGCACAAACAUCACCACCACCACCAGACGUGCAAUUCCCCCCCACCCCCCCAAACACCCCCAAAACCUCCCGCUCAAUCUCCGAGCCUUCCCUCUCCGGAUUCCGGAAACUUGCAAUUACAUGGAGGGAAGAAGAGAACCCCAAACCCAUUGUCAAACCUUCUCCUCCCUCUUCUGCAGGGCCUCUCUCCCCAAGCACCCAAGAAAAAAUGGGUUCCCAAAUCAAGUCCGAGCUCGCCCCUCUCCUCGCCCCUCUCCUUGCGCGCGGCGGCGGCGGCCCCGUGGACCCUCUCGAGACACUCGAGUGUUUCCCUGGUAUUGCGCUGGCGACGUUUAGUUCGCAUGAGCUUGCCAGGCGGGCGAUCAAAGUGCUGAGACAGUCGGAACGGUUGAAUGCGAGACCGGUGGUUGAUGAGGUGCCGGAGUUGACAGAGAAGGGGCAGAGAGUGAAGGGGGGGAAGAAGAGGGGAGGUAAGAAAGGGGCUGCUGGUAGGACUGUUUCUGCUCCUGCGGCUGCGGAGGCUGGGGCUGGGGCUGGGGCUGGGGCUGGGGCUGGCGUGAGGGGGGGUGAUGAUGAAUUCCAGACGAGCCAGGGGAAAGAUAAAGAAACUACGACGAUGGGAUCUCGCACCGUAGCCGACGACAAGACCAUAACCUCUGCAAGGGGGACUGCCACCACCACAACCGCCACUCGCAAGACUCCAGCCGUGCUUAUUGUUAACGGCAGCUGGAAGAUAUAAAACACGAAACCCCGUACAACUUCAAGAUGGGCGUCUCAGCACGGAGAGGAGGCGUCCUGAUUGACUAAAAUCCAAUUAGAAUGGAAACAACGAUGAUGAUCAGCAUUUGCCUCCUAGCAGACGGAUAUUAGACUUUCAGACGGGAACGGAGGAAAAAGAAUACAUACCUGUAGGAACGGUUGAUGAGCAUGAUGAAGCUAUGAGGCUACAAAAAGAUGCACACAAGACGGAGUUCGGAUUGGCAUACCCCAAGUUUGUUGUUGUUUGUAAACAGCCAUGAGACUGUUUAAGGCCUUUCUUCUCUUUCACUCAUUGUUCUCUUCUUGAACUGGAGCAGGCACAUGAGACCGGUUUACGAACAAUAAAUGAUCGUAGUAUUAGAAUAAC